GAACCGCCCUGGGCCCUCGUCAGAUUUACGGUGUUUUGGGUGACGGCUAAUUACAGAACCAAGUGGGAACGGCCCCGCAACCGUUGUAAAUCCUGGGUUUAUAACGUUCGAGCCCAUCCGGCAGCUGGAAGAGGGGCUCCCGGGACUCAGAGCAGGCCCUAAUCGGCGCUUGGACUACACUUCCCAGAAACCUUCACGCCGCGGACGGGUCCUCUGCUGGGGGAAGGGGGAUUCCUUCAGAGUGGCGGCCUUAGAGGGUAGGAGAGCAGGUGAGAGGAAUCCUGGCUAAUUCCGUUACGCGCCGGAACCGAGUUGGGGGCUGUACAGGGGCCGAUGUAGUAACAGAGGGCAGGGGCGAUGUCUUUGUUUACCUUCGACCGACACGGCCUCCCCCGGGGGUUCUGAGAUUUGCCUCCAACUGGGCCAGUCCACCUUCUGCAAUAUUUUGCAGGGGGUGACUCGCUAGGGAGGAAACCACCCUCAUCGCUAAAUUAAAGAGCCGGGCGUCUUCCUGACUGUGCUCUCCAAGAAAGACUUUGCGAGAGAAACGACGCGGGUCUCGAGCCUCCGCGGACGGUUCAGGGGCGUUCUGCGAACCGGAGCGAUCUCUCCACUCUCCUCAGGGGCCCGUUGGUUCGGGCCGGCGCCUUUUAAGGGCACCGUGGGGCGAACCGAGCGCUCAGAGCUGCUCCGGCCGCGGCCCUGGGAGCAGGAGGAGCCGCGACUCAGCAGGCAUGACUGGAGAGGGAAGUCCCAAUGGUGCUAGAAUGGUGCUGCAGUGGCAGAAGACGGCUCACGAGUGAGGUCUGGAAGAACAACAGGGAAGACAUCCAUCAUUUGCUCCAAAGUGUGCAAGUCAGAUUCCGGGGAGAAUCAUGAUAACCCUGAUCACUGAGCAGCUACAGAAGCAGACUCUGGAUGAGCUGAAAUGCACACGCUUCAGCAUCAGUCUGCCUUUGCCUGAUCAUGUAGACAUCUCCAACUGUGGGAAUCCUUUCCAGCUUGUGUCUGAAGGUGCUUCCUGGAGGGGCCUGCCCCACUGUUCCUGUGCUGAGUUCCAGGACAGCCUCAAUCUCAGCUACCACCCCUCAGGCUUGAGCCUGCACCUCAGACCACCUAGCCCAGGAAAUUCCCCACAGGAGCAGCCCCUCUCCCAAGUCCUAAGCCCUGAGCCUCCAGACCCAGAAAAGCUUCCUGUGCCCCCUGCCCCUCCAUCUAAGAGGCACUGCCGCUCACUCUCAGUGCCCGUGGACCUGUCUCGCUGGCAGCCGGUGUGGCGGCCCGCCCCCUCCAAGCUGUGGACUCCCAUCAAGCACCGGGGCAGUGGUGGAGGGGGUGGGCCGCAGGUGCCUCACCAGAGCCCCCCAAAGCGGGUCUCCAGCCUCAGGUUCCUCCAAGCUCCCAGUGCCUCUUCUCAAUGUGCCCCACCCCACAGACCCUACAGCCCCCCUUUCUUCAGCCUGGCCCUGGCCCAAGAUUCUUCUCGUCCCUCUGCCACCUCCCCCCAAAGUGGCUCCUGGGAGAGUGAUGCUGAGUCCCUGUCACCUUGCCCACCCCAGCGUCGCUUCUCCCUGUCACCCAGCCUGGGCCCACAGGCAAGCCGCUUCUUGCCCUCUGCCCGGAGCUCCCCCGCAUCCUCCCCAGAGCUGCCCUGGAGACCUCGAGGCCUGCGCAAUCUUCCCCGAAGCCGCUCACAGCCUUGUGAUCUUGAUGCCCGCAAAGCUGGAGUCAAGCGGCGCCACGAGGAGGACCCUCGGCGGCUGCGGCCUUCCUUGGACUUUGACAAGAUGAAUCAGAAACCAUACUCAGGAGGUCUCUGUCUCCAAGAAACAGCCCGGGAAGGCAGCAGUAUCUCUCCACCGUGGUUCAUGGCCUGUAGCCCCUCACACCUCUCUGCUUCCUGCAGCCCCAUUGGGGAUUCCUCCCAGGUGCUGAGUGAAAGCGAAGAGGAGGAGGAGGGGUCCGUGCGGUGGGGCCGGCAGGCGCUGAGCAAGCGGACAUUGUGCCAGCAGGACUUUGGGGACCUGGACUUGAAUCUCAUUGAGGAGAACUAAAACUGAGAGGCUACUUCCUGGGGCCACACAGACUGACUCUCUUAUGGCUACUAACAAGUGUCGAGGUCCCAAGGCCGGGGGCCCAGCCUGGGAAUGGGGGUGAGUGGAGGGCUCCGACUCAGGGCAGCCGGAAAUCUUCUCACUCCAGGAAGCUCGACCAUGCCGAGAGACUGGCUGGGACAAGAUAAACGGAGCUGGUGGCGGGAGGGACAGCCCCAGAGCAGGCCCUUACCAUGGCGGCCCUGAGUGUGAGUAUCCCUGCCACCGAGAAAGCAAUGGGCAGGGAAGGAAGGGGUCUCCUGACCCCAGCUCGGGGAAUUUCACUAGCCCCUUUGCUUCAAAGGGCACUUGUGUCUUAGAAUUUGGCCAGGGUGGGGGGUUCAUUCAGCCUCCUCUGAGAAAUUGUGUGAGAGUGUGUGCGUGCAUGAGAGUGCUCGAGGAAAGGUGUGUUUGGGUAGCCUUAGGGAAGGAAGGCAGUUGCUCCUUAACGGCAGAGCACCAUGGAUCUUGGGUUUUUAUGGGAUAGCAGGCUUGUUCAAGGAGUCAAGGUUCUAAGGAGCUCUGGAACCAGGCUCGUAAUCCAUUAGCACCAAUGGCUCUGCAGAGGAUUCUGUUUUGGGGUACAGCAGGGUCUUUUAAGUGCUGUGACCUCAGCUAAUGGUCUUUCCCUCAGGCCCACACCUCCCGUAGAUAGAUCUAGUAUUGGCUGGAGAGGACUCUCCACACUGAUUCUGAGCUGGCCUUUUUUCUCGCCAGAUUGCCUAGGCUGUGUACAACCUGCCUGUCUCACUCUCUAAGUAGAUGCAGGCAUAUGUGGGCAAGUGAGGCAGGGCUGAAGGGCUCCAUCUCUUUUUUUCCCUCCCUACUGAUGGGACCUUUUCCCCCUUACCCUCUGCCCUUCGAGGGUCAAGAACAAGGAAGGAAGGCCCUAUAUUGAGGCUGACCUACAGCAGAAGUAGUGUUCAGUCCCCAGCAGGCACCCCAGCACUAACUUUAGAGAAACCUAUUGUUAAAAGAUCCAGGCCCAGCCUCUUUUCUGACCUGCUUGAGAAAGAGGAAGGGGAUGUCAGCAUAUACUAGUUUGCUUGUCUUCCACUCCUGCUAGGAAAUGUUUGUCUCUAAUUGGUCCUUAGAGACCUCAGGGAGGUUGAGGCUCACCGAAGGACUGGCUGAGGAUGUGUAAAGCAAAGACUUUGAGAAGCAGCUGGGAGUUUGUUGUUGGAUUGAAUUUCUUUUUUUGUUUCACAGCCACAACUUGAGCCUGGGCAAUGGGUCUCAGUGGCCAUGGUGGUGGGUUUAAGGACUGCAGAAGCCCUGUAAGGCUGGCUCCAGUAGAGAUGCCUACUGAAGCUGCUGCCACAAUAGCUUGUGAGGCUUUGUCCAGCUUUGCUUAGACCCUGCGGUACCAAAUUGGACCUGCCCUUCCUGUUUAUUGGGAGAAGGGCAUUUUUCCAGGGUUUUGAAGGAACCAGUUGCUCAUGUUAGGGAAGAAGACCAAAGUCUGUGUGUUUUCUUCCUCGUGGAAUUGAACCUGUCAUUUUCUGGGUCUGCCACAUGUUGGAUAGGAGCAUCAGUGAGGCCCUAGCCUCCUUGCCUCCACUCCAGAGGAGGUGGCUGUUUCUUUUUCAGCCUCCAGCCCUCAGAGGUUCUACCCUUCCAGGGCUCCUUCACUUCUCCUGCUAGUUACCAAAUGUUACCAGUGAGCUACUAGGUCUGUAGGGGCUUGAGAGAGAGGCUUUCUGGAGAAUCUAAGGAAACCAUGAGCCCAGGAGUUGCCCAUCCUUGGUUUCAUCCCUCCCCUGGCUCUUUUCCCUCUUUAGGCCAUAAUUUCCCUGGUGCCAGCUUCUUUUCCUCCUGGGGCAUCCUCAUCCCUGGGCUCUCUGCUACACAGGGGCUGUGCCAGCUUACAAUAGGCCACUGGUAAUGCCAGUGGGGUCUCUGCAGACCCAAAGCUUAAGAAGUGAGGGCAAUAAUUCUGCCUCCACCCUGAGUUCCCCAAAGCUCUAGGGCACCAUCCUUAGGGGAGAAGAUCUGUAGAUGCCAUAUAUGAAUUCCAUUACUUUAAGAUCUGGAAAGUUAAACUAGCUGGAGCGAUCAUCUUGCUUCCCAAUCUAAGUACCUGUGGCCCUGGGACAAGGCUUUUCGAGAAGUGGUUUAUUUUGCUUUACACAGUAGAUCUGUUCCAACAGUUCUGUGUAAACCAAAUGCUGUUUUCCAAUGCAUUUGGACUGCUGACCAUUUAAAAGCAGCCUGUGAUUGCUUCUUUUGUAAAGCAAGCAACCUCCCUCUACUUUAGCUGUUUUGACUCUUUGGAUUUUCACAUAUUGGGCUUACCCAGAGUGGAGCACACCUCUGCCGGGCUGUGGUUGACCCUGGGUAGACAUCUGCAUCUGUGUUGUGUGUGUGGUGUGGCUGACCAGUAGGUGAGUAUUCCUGCGUGUGUGAGUGAAGCCACUCCCAGGCUGGUGCUCUCCUCCUGUGCCCGGUGACUGCCCAGUGGCAGCUCCAGCUGCCCUUCACUCCCACCUGCUGCCAAAGUCCCUGUGCUAAUGGGAUUACAAAUACAAAAAGUGGAAAAAAAUUUUUUCGUAAACUUUGUUUUAUAUUUUAAAAAAAUCCAUAAGUCUGUGUAUGUUAAAAAUGAGGUCCUGCCUCUGUGGCUGUGUUUGAAAAAAUAAAGUUUUAUUAGAAUAAUCCAUU